CCCUCAUCGAAUGAGUUUAGUGAUUUCGUAAGGUACUAGUCGUGUGCAGAGUAUUGAAGCGAAACUUUUGUCUUUUCUGUGUCCAUGAAUACUUUCCAACGGGAAGACGAUUUCUCGGUUUUUAAAAGCCAAAGUGUUAUCCAUCUCACGCAAAGUGGUAUAAGAUUCGAAGGCUCCGGUGCCCACCUUCAUACGUGCUGAUUCCUCCCUGUCAGGUUUUCGACAACCAUUCACAAAACUUUGAAGACGAGGCUUUGGACGAUGCGUGUUGGUUUCCUGGGUUUGGGGUUCAUGGGUACUCCGAUGGCCCUGAACCUCGCUCACAAAUUCCCACUGACUGUGUGGAACCGGACUGCUUCCAAAUACCCGGCGCUCACACAAGCUGGUGCUAAGAUCGGCGAUACACCGGCGGCGGUGGCUCAUCAAUCUGAUGUGAUCUUCACGAUGCUGUUCGACGGCCCGGCGUUAAUCUCGAUUUUCAACAACGACUUUAAAUCGGCACUCCGCGGCAAAAUUUUGAUAAACACGAGCUCGAUCCCGUUAGAAGUCAGCAAACAAGUAGCGGACCAUGUUCACCAAGCGGGAGGCAAAUUCCUCGAAAUGCCGGUCAGCGGCAGCAAAAUCCCGGCGGAGCAAGGCAAAUUAGUGGGUCUCAUGGCCGGCGAUCCGGCCGUCGCGGAGAGGAUGCGGGCAGUGGUGGAGCCGCUUACCACCGCUGCCGUGUAUUGCGGACCAAUCGGCUCAGGCCUGAAGACCAAGUACGCGGUCAAUCUCUACCUCAACACCAUGACGGUCGCUCUUGCAGAGUCGUUCAGUCUCGCUCGGGCGCAGGGCCUCGAUCUCGAUGCUUUCGGGCAGGUACUCGACGCCGGACCCAUGGCUUCCGCAUAUUCGAAGAUCAAGGUCGCCAAGAUUGUCAAUGAGGAUUGGAAUCCACAAGCAUCUAUGAAGGAUUGCUACAAUAGCAUGCAACUCAUCACAGAAGCCACGAAGCGGGCGAACGUCCAGUCGCCUCUGGCAGAGUUGUGUCGUUCGAUCUACGGACAGGCGAGCGAUGGCGGCCUGAGCGAGCAGGAUAUGAUUGCGGUGUACAAAAUCUUUCAACCAACCCCAUUUUCGGAAACGAAUGUAAGGAAUACCUGAAAGUGCUCAGACAAAGGAAGGGUUGAUCUCUGUGCAUAAGUUUCAUAAAUCUCGUUGGACUGUUGAUACCAACAGUUCAUCUAAGGAGGGUUGACCUGUCAUAUUUGUGUUCUACGCUCUAUUUUUGUGA